CCGAAUUGGCUCAUUCCCGCUCACGAGGUGCAAUUCGACAAGUUCGACGAGUUCAGCCGAGGAGGCUUUGGCAAAGUGUAUCACGGCAAGUGGAAACGGUCGGAGGUGGUGGUGAAGAAGGUCAAGCUGAAGACGGAGCAGGACAGGGCUGCGUUCCUGAACGAGGUGGAGGUCUGGCACAAACUGUACCACCCGAACGUGGUGCGACUGUACGGCGCAUGCCACAUCCAACGAGCAUUCUUCGUGUGUGAAUACGCUGGCAAUGGCCAACUGGACAGUUACCUGAGAACGCAUCCGGACGAAGUGUGGCAGAAGUUGUACGAAGCAGCGCUGGGCCUCCGGUAUCUGCAUGUGAAGCGUAUCGUGCACGGUGAUCUGAAGUGCAACAACAUUCUGAUUGGGAGUGACGGUAGUGCAAAGCUGACAGACUUCGGCUUGAGCACUGUUGAGGCCAGCACGACCGUGAACAACAACGAGCCAGAAUCCGAUGUGGAAAGUAGUGGACACAUCUCAGUUGGCGCCAUCCGAUGGAAGGCCCCGGAGGUGCUGCGCGGGGAGAAGUCGACGUUCGCAUCGGACGUUUACUCGUUUGGCAUGUGUGUUCUGGAAGCUGUGAGUGGGAAAGUUCCGUGGGGUGUCAUGCUGAUGGAUCCGGUAGUGCGGCAUUAUGUCUUGAAACAGAACCGACUGCCAAAGCGCCCUGAAAACUGCACUGAGGACGCUUACGCUUUGGUG